UCAUUGACAAUAUGUAUUGGUAUCACCUUUUAAAAGACCGGUUACAUAUUCUAACCUCAUUUUUUUGAAAUAAUUGCUUGUUGUUUUAGUUAUAGAUGAAGUAAAGAAUUAUAUUGGUGCAUCAUGUACGCCUACGUACUCCUUUGUGGUAUUUCACUUAAAUAAUACAGAAAAAAUCAUCAGUUAAGUACCGUUUUUAUGCGUCCAUUGGUAGUGUGUGUUGUUAUUGUUAUUAUGCAUAACAUAAUACUGAAGAACUCUUAUGUGACGUUCUCUGUUAUUUAGUAUUAAAAAAUCAGUACUAGUCAAUUCCAUUUUCUCAACCAUUGUGUGAUCAGUGUUGAACGAAAACUGUGUCCAUUCCCCUAAAAAUGAUUCGUGAGUUACUAUUUAGUAUAUGGCAUCAGCCUGGGAAAGCUCUGGACUUAUUCGAAUGGGCAAAGCGUCUAGACCUUCAGGGAUUUGCUUACCCUGGUGAAGAACAACUUUUACUGAACACAAUAGAGUUUGCCAUAGACUACCAUAAAAUAGAAGAAUUUAAUAAUCAGGUUUUGUGGUGUAACACUAAGUUAGGUUCAGAUGACUGUACUGUUCAUCUUACCUUAGGAGACUAUUUACAAGCAUUCUGUUUAGGGGCUCAUAAAUGUUUGGAUGAAUAUAGACAGACAGUUUUGGAGUUAGAAGAGACAUUUAUAGAAAAUCCAUGUCUUCCAUUAACUUAUGUUACCUGUGAAUUAUUAAAAUUCAAAGAUACAUUCACAAUGCUAAAAAGUAUAAUUCAGUUGAUACAAGAUGAGAAUAUUCAUGGAUGUUUACUUUUGAAUGUUUUAUUUAAAUAUGUAAAAUAUGGCAGUGAACAUCAAGUUAAAAAUGCUAGUGAAAUCAUUCGUUCAAUUAAUAGAAUUUUCUACCGUCAUCUUUGUAAUUGGAUUAUAUUUGGUCGAAUAUCUGACCCCUGUGGCGAAUUCUUUAUUUGUGAUGGUGUAUCAGCCGACGAAAAUUUUCAGUAUUCAAAGGAUAUUGCCGUAUUUGAUCAUGGAAAAGGAUCAGAGAGUUCUCUGAGUGAUAUUUUAAGUUCCGUGAGAAAAAUUCGGCAUCCGCCAAUGGUACGAAAAUUUUUUAUAAACUGGGAGAUGUUGCCAAUAUUCAUUGACAAAGAGACAGCAGAAUGUAUUUUAUUCAUGGGUCGAAUAGUUUGGAUAAUGAAAAAUGAACCAAAGAGCGAUACCGAUAAUUAUCACAAAGAUAGUUCUCCCAGAGACAUUUGGGAAGGAACUAGUAUGGAUUAUUAUAAAAAAUUACAGGCACUUGAAACAGAGAUAUUUAAUAAAACCUCUUUUGAUAACACUAUUGAAGAAUGUCGUAUUAAAAUAACCAAGUAUCUCUGGACGGUUUUGUUGAAUGAGGGUAAUCUUGUGGAACAUUUACAUCAAAUUAGAGAAUAUGUUGCAUUGGGAAGAGCAGAAUUGUACCAACAGUUCAUUACAGUUAUAAAUGAAAAGAACAAGGCCAACAGGACAACUAGCUCUAAAGCACCAGUGUUGCACAACAUAAACACAAUAUUUUCGGAAUGUGCUCGAAAAAUUUACGGUGAUAAUAAUGAGUCGCAUUCUAAGUUCAUACUUGCAGUAGCCAAAUCUGAUAAUCAAAAAUCUGAUCCAUGGUCACAAUUGAACAUUUACUUUGAAGUUAAUUGGCCCCUGCAUAUUGUAUUUCAUCCAAAAGUUAUGGAGUUGUACAAUAAACUAUUUAGCUUGCUGUUAAGAUUAAAAAAAUCCGAAAUUGAUUUAACCAAUUUAUGGCAUAUACAUUUAUGUUAUAAAAAACCUAUUGAUUCAAGAGUUCUAAUGUUAAGACAAAAAUUAAUGUUUUUGAUUACCACCCUUCAAUAUUUUAUACAGGUAGAUGUAAUUGAGGCCGAAUUUUAUGUAUUACUUAAAGCUGUAGAAAAUGCUAAUCACUUUGAGGACAUUGUCAAAUUACAUAAUCAGUUUGUAUGCAGUUUAUUAAAAAAGACCUUUAUCCUAACUUUUGACCAGUCUGAAACGUUUGGCUGUAAGUCCAGGGUAUUUAACCUACCGACAUCUAAUUACACACACAGCAAAGUUUUUAAUUUGAUUACGCGUUUGCUGGAACUAUGCGAUCAUUUUUGUUUUGCGGCGACAUAUUGGGAACCUGAGUUAAUGGAAAUUGAAAUUAAUCAACUUGAAGCUUUCCAAAUGAAAGCUGAUUUUGUGGUGGAAUCUCUGAUGUUUAUAUUAACCAACAUGCACGCAAAAGUCAGUGGUCAAUAUUUAUCACAACUAUUGACACAGCUUGACUUUAAUAAGUAUUUCAGCAAGAAUAGAUUACUUUGUUAAAUAAUAUCUUGAAAAACCUUUGAUUUUAAUCAAAGCUUUAGCCUUGCGAGAAUUUUUGAUAAGGGUAAUUGAAACUGAAUAAAACAACUAAAAUGUAAUAUAAUAAAUUUAAUUAAAUAAAAUAAUAAAAAAUG